AAAUUGUUGCUUGGGAAAAAUGACAUUGUUGCAUCUCUUUCUAUUUGUUUUGUUUUCAAGUUCAUUGUGUUUUGAUUCGGCAAAUACAUUUGAAUAUAUGAAACAAAUCAAAUAAAUAUAUUACUUACCAAGCCACUUUUGCAGACAAUCCGUAGUAAAAAAAAAUCACAAAUUUUGGGGAGGAAUUAUACAACAUUGCUUAUAAACCUGACCUAAUUUUACGUGAGCCCCAUUCGUAGCAGUUCGUACGCAGAGGUCAAAUCUGACAGAUGGAUGUUUUCUAAGCACAGUGUCGAGCAGGGUACCUUAUUUUCUUCUAUUGCCGCACAGUAAAUCGCUAACUAGCAAACUAAUUCCUGUUCACCAUGAUUGAUAUAAAGCAAAAUAUAACGGAUAAAAACUAUGACAAGGUUCUGGAAACAUUAAACGCAUUGAACAUAAGCGAAACGGACGCCGAUUCGUUCCGGUGCGAAGUGGAUAUCUUGCUGGAAAGCUUUUACGUUUGCCAUGGUUCGGAAGAGGAAACCGUGAACCGGAUUGCCAUUAAAUGCUUAAACCUGCUGAAACGUGCCUGUGCCCGUGGAGAAUCAUUUCAAAACGCCAUAGUAUCCCGCGUGGAAUUCCUUGAGCGUGUGCGCGAUAUUUUGGUAGACGAAAAGAAAACAAUACCGGAAAAUGUGCGCACAAACUGUCUGCAACUGCUGGCCAACCUUUGCGUCCAGAACAGAAGCAACCAAGAAAGGAUCAUUACGUACAUGCAAACCUUUCUGCUCACCAACGUUUCCUCCAACGGAAGCUAUGCAAAUGCAUCGGCAAUGAUUUUGUACAAUGGGUUUAUCUACAAAGCAGUCGACUUGAAUCUGCACGACGUGCUGGCCCGUUUGCUUGACAACGUGGAAGCUAAUCAAACUGCUCAAACAGAUGUGCCGGAAUUCGUAUGCAUAUUUCUGGAGUACCUUAUUGCUGAAAGUAACGAGAUGGUGCAGGUGCUGGAAAAGAUUGACGUUAGCAAAAAGCUGCUGCUCUAUCGAUACCUCAUCGAGUACAUACGGCAGGAAGAUCGGCGCAUCCAUCCGAUCCACCCGGAUGUAUUCAAGCACCUGCUGGCUGAAUUUAAGAAGAAGUCCGACAUGAUACUUAAAACCGACAAUGUACAGCUCGAUGCACAGGACACAGAGGAAGCGUUUACGUUGCUGGUGAUGGUGGCAGACUCGACGUGCGUAGAACCGUAUGGUUCGUUUCUGCGCCACGACGGAGGGUUAUUUUUAAAUCUUGGAUGUCUUUUGCGUCAAAUGCAGCUUCUUGGCAAGUCUGAGACGAAGAACAUGUUUACACCGGUGCAGAAGAUUGAAGAAAUUUUACGAAUUAAACAAGGUGACACCGAACUGGACAUUGAAUCUCAGAUCUCCUACUCCUUGCGGUCGGCAGUUGUAAAAGGGUUGGCCAAUUUGACGUACAAGUCGAAGAAAAAUCAAAAACUUGCUCGAGAGAUGGACAUCAUCGCGGCUAUUCUAGAAUGCACCAACCUGGACGCUCGCAAUCCGCUUAUAAAGGAAUGGAGCAUUCUGGCAAUACACAACCUGUGUGAUGAUAAUUUGGACAAUCAGCAAUUCAUCGCGGGUCUGAAGAAACUUGGCGAUGCCGAAAACUCAUUGCUAACGGAGUACAAGUCCGGAACGAUUCGAAUCAGCGAUGGAAAAGCGUGAAGUAAUGGCCACAAAGAGUAGUUGAUUUUCUUGUCGUUUGUUUUGUUCAGAUUUUAUUUGCUACUGGCCCAAACUAGGAUCGCUGAAACAGUUUGGUUGGAAACUGUUCGUAAAACAGUUGAGCAUUUGGUUUGCUGAUUGGCUUUGGCGAUGACCUAAAGAAAUAUAGAUGUACGAUGCGUACAUUAGUUAAUCAUUAUUGGAAAAAAGUGAAAAAAUAUAUUUAAAAAAGCUACGUACAAUA